CGAAGGGACCGAAGCCGAGCUAAAUCGGCGACGGCGGCAGCGGAAGAAGAGGAGAGCGCGGCGCUCAGGGCCGAGAGAGUCUCAGUGAAGCUGUGAGAUGGCAGUGAUGGAGAUUAUGUGCCAAAGUGCACCAGACUCAGAUAUUGGGCACCAGAAGGAGCUUGCCAAGGGAAAAAGCCAGAUUCCAGCCAAGAAGUCCAGCUCUGUCUGCAAGCUUGAAACUGUGGAGAAGAACCGGGUUUUCUGUGGACAGUGGGAAAUUCUGAAUGAUGUAAUCACCAAAGGCACAGCCAAGGAAGGCAUGGAAGGAGGAUCGGCUUCCAUCUCCAUCAUUGCCCAGGCAGAAUGUGAGAACAGCCAAGAGUUCAGUCCCACCUUUUCAGAAAGAAUUUUUAUUGCUGGCUCAAAACAGUACAGCCGAUCUGAUAGUCUGGACCAAAUCCCCAACAAUGUUGCCCACUCAACAGAAGGGAAAAUUACCCCUGCCUGUUGGAAGGCAAAACGGCGAAACAAGGCUGGGAAGAAACGAAAGAAGAAAAGCUCCAAGGUGCCAGGCCAGAGGGGUGAACCCUUGGCCAAGCCUCUCCCCAAAACCCCGGAACAAGAAAGCUGCAUGAUCCCUGUACAGGAGGAUGAAUCCUCAGGCCCAUAUUUCACCAGUGUCCCUCAGUUUGCCAGCCCUCUGAAGGAGAUGGUCCACAGCCCAUUGGCUUUUGAGAAAGUAGGAACGGGCCUGCAUUCAACACUGAAAACCUACCCUCGAGCUGAACUCCAUAAACUGAUCAGCCCAAUGCAGUGCCUGAACCACGUGUGGAAACUUCAUCAUCCUAAGGACUUCAUUCCUCAACCAGACCUACUGCACUCUUCCCUUCUCCACAAGAGACUGCCCCGUCCUUUCCCCUUUUCCCCACUUCUCGUUCAGAAGCCCAGUCCCUUGGGCACCUUUUUGCUGAGCAACUUGGCCCGCGUAGAUAGCAAAUUCCAGCUGUCUGGCCUAGGCCUGGACACUCCCUGCACAAAGCAUGGCACCUCUGAAAAGCUUUCCGUGGAGGAAUAUCUGGUGCAUGCCCUGAAGGGAAGUGUGAGUGUGGGUGAGCCCAGGAAUCUAACCAGCCUCGCCAAGACCUGGCAGGGAGGAGGGGCAGGUCGCCAGGGCCCAGUUCCUGAGACAGAAGAGAAUGAAGGUGUCCUGCUCAUUGAGAAACUCAAACCAGUGGAUUACGAGUACCAAGAAGAAGUUCAUUGGACCAAGAGCCAAGACUGCCUGGGCAGAGGUUCCUUUGGGGAAGUGUACAGAAUGGAAGACAAGCAGACAGGGUUUCAGUGUGCUGUCAAAAAGGUACAUGUCGGAGUUUUUCGUGCAGAGGAGUUAACGGCAUGCGCUGGACUGACAUCACCCAACUUCGUCCCCUUGUAUGGUGCUGUGAAGGAAGGUCCCUGGAUCAACAUCUUUAUGGAGCUUAUGGAAGGUGGCUCACUGGGUCAGCUGAUAAAACAGAAGGGCUGCCUCCCAGAAGACCGAGCCCUUUUUUACUUGGGCCAAGCCUUGGAAGGGCUGGAAUAUCUCCAUACACGAAGGAUUCUACAUGGAGAUGUGAAAGCUGACAAUGUUCUCUUGUCCGGUGAUGGCAGCCGGGCACUCCUCUGUGACUUUGGCCAUUCUACCAGCUUACAGCCUGAUGGCUUGGGAAAGUCCUUUCUUACAGGGGACUACAUCCCUGGCACAGAGACCCACAUGGCCCCAGAAGUGGUGAUGGGAAAAUGCUGUGACUCAAAGGUAGACAUCUGGAGCAGCUGCUGCAUGAUGCUGCACAUGCUCAAUGGAUGUCAUCCUUGGACCCAGUAUUAUAGUCGGCCUCUCUGCCUCAAGAUUGCUAAUGAGCCACCACCUGUGAGAGAGAUUCCUCCUUCUUGCACACCUCUUACUGCUCAGGCCAUCCAAGAAGGAUUAGAGAAAGAACCUGUCCACAGGGCAUCUGCCACAGAGUUAAGGAGAAAGAUCUUUCUGGCAUUGCAGCAAGUGGGAGGUUUGAAAAGUCCUUGGAGAGGACAAUAUAAGGAACCAAGACAGUUGCCUUCAAACAAAGAGAAUAGUCUAGAAACACUGGAAUCCUUGUCUAUGUCAAGUGAGCCCAUCUCAGAGGCUCCAGGACCUGGACUGGCCACUGAAACAGUGGGUUUGACCACCAAACUUCAGCCACCUUUACCACCAGAGCCACCAGAGCGAAAUAAAUUGUUGCCUCUGAGGCUGAGCCAAGAGGAGUCUGGGACUUGGGAACUUCUGCCCCUUUCUUCCCUGGGCCACAUCCCUGCCAAGAGCUUUGCUUCAGGGGAGCGAAAAUCAACCUCUUCAGAUGAGGAACUUCAGCAACUUGAGAUAGAAUUAUUUCUGAACAGUCUGUCUCAGCCUUACUCCCUAGAGGAGCAGGAGCAAAUGCUCUCUUGUCUCAGCAUUGACAGCCUCUCCCUAUCUGAUGCUGGUGAGAAGAACCUGUCCAAGGUUUCUCAAAGCUUACGAGAGAACUUCAGCUCUGGAAUCCACUCGUGGAACAGUCAGGCAGAUGGGCAGAGUUUCAGCUGGAAUAACUUACUGGGGCGAAGUCGGCACACAGACAUGCCCAGCUAUUUCAAUGGUGUGAAAGUUCAAAUCCAGUCCCUAAAUGGUGAGCAUCUGCAUAUACGAGAGUUCCACCGAACCAAGGUGGGAGACAUUGCCACGGGAAUCAGCAGCCAGAUCCCUGCUUCCGCAUUCAGCCUGGUGACCAAGGACGGGAAGCCCAUACACUAUGACAUGGAGGUACCUGACUCGGGCAUCGACCUGCAGUGCACCCUGGCUCCUGACUGCAGCUUCGGUUGGACCUGGAGGGUCAAGCAUGGUCAGCUGGAGAAUAGGCCCUAACUUACUUCCUCCUAGCCGCAGCGCUUGGGAUCCUAGAAAUCAGCCUUGGGAGGCUGUGCCAGCUUUUGAUUCCAUCUGAAGAGAUGGACUUGGCUUUCCCCAAGGGACUUAGCAUCUCCUAAUAGGGAUGAAAGCUGGGACUUGGAAACUUCUGGCGGUCCACCCAGUAAUCCCACCUGUGUGAUGGAGAAGCAGCAUGUGUAGUCAUCUUCACUUGAGUCCUGACUCAAGGAAUCGGUAUGGGCAGUGCUGUUUGUGGAGGAGGAAGAUGUUAAAAUCUUCCUUCCUAGGAAUAGAAAGGAGUUUCCUCUCUUGGCAGAGGAGAGAUGGCGUGGCAUAUUCUGCAGUAGUGAAUCACCUUGGAGCAACAGGGAAAGAGCAGCCUUGGCUAGAGUUGUUGAAGGGAAAUGUGGGACAGCCACUUUGCCCUGCUUUCCUCCCAGCAGUUAGGUGUGAACAGGAUGGCUUUCCAAAAGGUGCUCCUCUUUUCCAGUUACAGGAACUAGUGAGGAAGAUGGGGUACUCCCUUAAGCAAAAAGACUGAGGCGUUCCAUUUUUGCUCCCUUCUGGCCAGGCCACAUUCCACCUACUCCCCUUCAUGCUGCAGUUUGGGCCUUGCAAUGAUACCCAAUCUUCUCUGUCUCUCUUCCUAUUUUAAAAUGAGAGACUUUCAGAUACAAAGAAAUCCUAAAGGCAUAAAUCUCCCCUUAUUAGAAUUGUUUUGGAGGGGUAGGCUGUAUAUCUAUUUGAGAAAGUAUUUGUGUGACAUGAGUCUCAGUAGAACUGAGCCUGUCUGAAUUCCACAAUAUCUAAUGCAUGUUUUCUGUUCCAUUGGCAGUUGAUAAAUGGCCUAUUUAGUGAAUUUCUCUUCCCACUUACCUUCCAUCAUGGAAACCAGGUUGAAUACAGUUUCUGGUGAGAGUGUGUUUGAGAAGUCCAUUACUGUCCCAGGUAGUGGAGUUAGCAUCACGCAGUUUCAGAGUUCCCUUCAUGUACAGCUGAACUGGGAUUGACUGAGGAUGGAGAGAAAACCAAGUUCUGUUCUCAGCUCUACUAAUGACUCUGUGACCUUCGGCUCAUAAGUCUCCCCAGUUUACUCAUAUGUAAAAAUGGUUGCAGUAUCCUUCCUUUCUAAGGAUGUGGUGGCAAUGUAGUGAGAUAGUAUCAAAGCACUUUGCUUCAUGAAGUGUCCCCCAAAAUGCCAAGUAAAUUAUUGGUUGUAGCUGGCAGAGCUUUGGCCCCUGGAUUCCAUUGAGGUGCGGUAUUCCUCUCAGCAAGGAUCUAGUGGAGCAGGUCAGGGUGCUAAGGUGCCUUUUUGGGGCCAGCCAGCUGAGGCCAUAUUCCUUCCAAGCACUGAGAGCAGCACUUUGGUGCACUUUGGUCCUCAUGCAGACUUUUUUCUCAAAGCACUUUGGGGCAUUACUGCUCCCUUUGAGGGCAAAUCAGUUUCCGUAUGUCCUCCACUUUUUAUUUUUACACUUCAGAUGAUUGUAAAGCUCUAAGCAGAAUGAAUUACAAGAUUUCCCACCGACUCCACCCUGAUUCCCCAGCUGCCCAGAAGAGGGGCUGAAAAGACUUUAGCCUUUGUCAGGGGCAGAGCAAGGCCUAAGAAUCUUCUGGCCCCUGCCCCUUUCCCAUUAUGACCAUUGCAUCCUUCCCAUGUAGCAUUAAGCCAACUGUGAACUGUUUACAUUUAGGAGGAGGGGCAGUCACGGCCCCAGUGGCCCCACAGCUACUCUGCCAUGGGAGUCUCCUCACCCUGGCCUUCUCCCUUGAACCUUGUAUUCUACAGAUGGGUCCAUCAUAGGAUACUGAACCCCCUCCAAAGGCUCUGGCAUGCUGUGUUCUGUGUUAUCAUGGGGAUAGGGGUGGAGGGGUCUGAGAGUCCUGAAGCCUGACAGUGAAUUGUGAAUGAGCCUCAACACGUUCAGCGGAAAGUCUGAAGUUAGAUGACCUUGUUUCAAAUCCUGUCUCUGCCCUUUAUGUGUAUAAUGCCGUGAAUGUCCCUCAGGCUCUCUGACCUUUGGUCUCCUCGUCUGUAAAAUGAAGCUAGGUUAAUAAAUGGCCUGAGGUCCCUUCUAGCUCUAAAUCUAUGACUCAGGCAUGUGAAGAACAUCUUAAGGUCCUUAAGAUGCUGCUCCACAAAAAGAAGGGGGCAGUAACACAUUCUGGGGGCCCAAAUUUGUCAAAUCCGUCUCCCUGAGUGCAGCCCUGAGAUCCCCCAAAUGCCAGUAGACACUUCUGGUAGAGUCUUUUGCUGCCCAGGACACAUUUCAUCCAAACAUGAAACAAGUACCUCAGUCUCAUUACUGCCCUCCUCGCAUCACCGGCAUCAGUGUCUACAAACCUCAACUGAAAUGUGUGCACAGCUCUUCAGAGUUGGACUCUAAGUCUUGCCUUCAAAAAAAAUAAAAGUUUGGAAUGGUGAUUAUUUUCCUAAACAAGUAUGUCUCCUCUCCUUUGUA